AUGGCUUUCACGGUUUCCAAAUCUCAAUCAGCUUUCCCAGAGGGAGAGAAGGAGAAUCUGGAUAACGUAGCACACAAAGAGUGUGCAACAGAGGGAGUGAUAUCGAGCCAGCUUCAGUUGAAGUCUUCAAAUGCACAUUCUGCAAGCAUGGACAAACAUGCUGUCCUCCGACGCAUACGGCAACGCAGGUCCUACAACAGAGCCAAAGGGGCUUUGGAGGCUCUAAUGGGCAUCUCAGAAGCCAACACAGCCUCUUUGCAUGAACAAAAGUGGCUUCAACUGGGUGACUCUUUCUCUUCUCCAUAA